UUGCCGCCAAAGGGUCGGCCCACCCCCCCUCUCCCGCGGGCGGGGAUGAGCGCGGCGAAGCCCCCGGCGGCGGGGACCGCCUCCCUGGCGGCCGAGGCGGCCGACGACGCCACCACGCGCGUCCCCUCUGGGGAGAGCGGCGCCAGCGAUGGCAACGAGUCCGUGGACGAGGACACUUGGGUGGAGUCCAGCAUGCAGGACGUCAAGAUUGCCAUCAUCGGGAACGUCGACAGCGGCAAGUCGACCCUGGUCGGCGUCCUCACGAAGGGGCAGCUGGACGACGGGCGCGGGCGCGCGCGCAGCAGGGUCUUCAACUUCUCGCACGAGGCAGCGAACGGUCGCACCAGCAGCGUUGCGCAG